UUUGGGGAGUUGGCGCCGGCGUCACAGCAGCUGCAUAUAAAACAUUGUUGUAGUGCUUCUAUAGUCAUUCACACAGUUGGUUCGCUAGCAUCAACAUGCAGGUUUUCGCACUUCUCGCCCUUGUCCCAUUGGUAGCUGGACUCCCUAACCAGGUGUACCACCAGCCCGCACCCUACCAUGCUGCCCCCGCCUACCACCAACCCGCCCCUUACCAUCAUCCCGCCCCUGCCUACCACUCCUACGAGCCCCCAAAGCACAACUGCUCCGUGCAACAAGUAACUGAGUCCGCUGAGGUCUGCACCCCCGCCUUCGAGACCGUCUGCGAGCCUGUUGAGAUUGUCAAGAGGAACAUCGUUGACAAGGAGCAGUGCUUCCCCGUCACCAGAACCGUCUGCUCCGAGUCUACCGAAGAGGUUGCCAACGAGAUCUGCACCUACUCCUACCAGCAAAAGACCGAGACCACCACCGCCAAGACCGUCGAGGUCACCUUCGUAAAGGAGUGCAACCACCAGAUGGUCACCGUCUGCCAGCCCGCUAAGUAUGGAUACGGACAAGGAUACGGACACAACUACUGCAAGGAGGUCGCCCAGGAGACCUGCUACAACACCCCUGUUGUCACCCCCGUCGAGCCCGCCGUCGAGGUUGCUUCCCCCGAGCCCAUCAAGAACUGUGUCCAGAAACCCAUCAGCCUUCCUAAAAUCUCCUGCGAGGACCUGACUGCCGAGAAGUGCAUCACUGUGCCCGAGGUUGAGGAAGAGACUGUUACCCUAGAGAAGUGCAUCACCCAGCUGUCCGCCCCCGCUUGCCAGACUGUUGAGCUGACCCUCCCCAAGGAGGUUUGCAUUGAGAUCGUGUAUGGAUAUGCUGCUGAUUCUGCUAAACACGAGCCUGCUUAUCCUACUGCUGCACCAGCUUAUGCCCCUGCUCCCCACUACGGAUAAGCGUACUGGAAUCCAAACUAUUUAAAUUAUUUAUUUGAUCCUUCAUAUUUAAAUAAAUUAUUUGCUAAUCCAA